UGUACUCCUGUAGGCUAGAGUCCACCCCUGUAAUAUUGAAACCUAGUGUUUAAUCUAUCCUCGCUAUGCCUGGAGGCACUAUUAUUAGAUAUUUAUUUUUUACUUUAUGCCUUGGUAUUGCUUUAAUUCAAAUAUGGUCUCUUUUCCAGGAGUACAGAUCUGGGAAAAGUUUUAUCACUGAGAGAUAUGACAGUUUGUCGUCUGACGAACUGAAUCCGUUUCCUGCAAUCACAAUCUGCAGUGAUACACUUCCGGACAAUAAUACUGAUGUUGAUGUUGAAACUAUUCUUAAAUAUGUUGGAACUCCGUUCAAGCUCAAGUCUGAAAUCAAGAAUAUGGAAGGAUAUUCUAGCAAAGAACUCAGGGAUCACUUUUAUAUCACGUACACACUCUUUAAUGGUAUUUGUUUAACCAAAAAGGCAUCAGUAGAGCAAAGAGAUCCUAAUGAUGCCGAUGUAUUUUGUUUACCUAAAAACCAGUCUAUUUCUAUCGUAUUCUCAGGUCCUCAUCAAAUAGAUGACUUUGCUCUGGGUAGGUUGUUGGCUACAGGAGGAGAAAUUCAGAAGUUUAAUCAGGACAAGAUUACCUUCCAUUUAUAUUUUUAUAUAUGAUUUUACCAAUAUCCGUAUAUCACUUGAGUAUUUGGUAAUGGUUCCUAAAUAUUUGCCAAAACAACUAAAAAGUCCUUUUAUUAAAAACAAAGAUUUUUUUUAUGAAGAAGUUCGAUUUUUUCAGAAAAUGUAUGUUAUUUUUAGCAAAAUGGAAAUAUUAUGUAGCGUUAAGUUUGAUAUUUUUAUUGUCAACGAGGUUAUGGU